AUGUUUUUUUCCUUUUAUUGUUCUAUAUUUUCAUUUCAAAAUAAAUUUUCCUUUCCUUUUCCUAUUUUUUUUUCUUUUUCUGUUUCAUUCUUUCCAAUCUUUUUUCGUCUGUUUAUUUUUAGAAAUUUUCAUUCACCGCCAUUAUUUAGAGAUUUUAAAAAUUAUUUUCUUUUCUUUAGUAGCUCUUUUUUUCUUUCUUUCUUUCUUUUUUCUAUUUUUUCUUUUUCUUUUUUUCUUUAUUUUUUUUUCUUUAUUUUCUUUCUUUCUUUCUUCUGUUUUUUUUUAAUUUCAUUACUUUUUUUUUCAUUAUUUUUUUUCAUUCCUUUUUCUUUUUUUUUCUUUCUUCUUUGGGUGAUUUUUAAAAUGACUUUUUUUUUUUUCAUUACAUUUCCAAAGUCGCCAUUAGAAAAUUUUCAUUCUUUUUUUUUAUUUCUCUUUUAUUUCUUCUUCGCCUGUUUUUAUUUGCCUUUUUUUUUUUUUUGCCUUUUUAUUUAUAUAUUUACAUUCUCUUUUUCCUUCAUUCAUCACAGUUAUUCAUUUGCUUUUUAUUACUACUACGACUUAAAUUUUCAUUCACUCCGUCUUUCAAUUUAUUUAUUCCCGAUAUUGUUAUUCUCUUUCUUUACUUUCAUUUAG